GAUCUCUCUCUCUCUAUUCCUUCUCCUCUGAUACCUGUGUCUCCCCCCUCCCCUCUCCCUUGCUUUGCAGCAAUACCUGAAGCUUUCUUCUACAUCGCGUCAAGAUCUCAGCGAGCUGGGUAGACGUGUUACCUUCAAGCAAGGAAAAAGACCCUCUCGAUCGUGGCAUUGCCAACCGGCCGGGUGCGGAUGGCGUCUCGGGAGGGAGGAGGAGGAGGUGCUGCGGCGGCGGGCCGGCCGGCGCUGCGGGUGGGGCGGACGCGUGAGUACCGGACGGGCAUGGAGACGGAGCUGCUGUCCAUCGACGCCGGCGCGUCGGGCGGCGGCGCGGCGGUGCGCCUCUUCGUGCUGUGCGGCGACCGCUUCGAGGCCGCGCACCUGUUCCGGUCGGGGGGCCUGUCCCUGAGCAUGGCCCGCGUGGAGGGCCUCCCGGUGUCCAUGGCCACCUGCACCGUCGGCGACCACCAGUGGAUGCUGGCGCGCGACGCCCUCGUGGCGCGGAUCGACGCGCGCGCCUUCGUCUUCGAGCUCCCAGGCUUCUUCUACGCCGUCGUCGUGCCGCCCGACGCCGCGGGUGGCGCCGCGGACAGGAAGUGCGCCACCAUGGCGGACAUCUUCUCGCGGUUCUGCGCGUACCACGACCUUGCCGCCGCCGCCGCCGAUGGUGUAGACGAACCUGCUGGUGACCUGAACACGAACCCGUGGGUCCGUGCCCACGCCAGGAUACAGCGCCUCAAGACGCACGCCUCGCCGGCGGGACAGGCCGCCGCCGACGCGCCGUCCGACCGCGCCAGGCAGAUGGAGCGCGCCGUCCGCACGUCGGCGGUCGUCAAGCUGCUUACACGAUCCCUGCUAGCCGGCGUGCUCCAGCCCGGCCGGCACCUGACCAUCACUACCGGCGGCGGCGCCGCCAAUGCCGGCACCAGCUCGCGGCCCUCCACGGCAGCGCUGCCAAGCAAAUCGGUCGUGUCGGACCUCCUCGACGCCAUCGAGACGAACCGGGCGGCGCCACGGCGCGACGCCGCCCGCCGUGGAUCCGGUGGCAGCGCUGGACUCGGGUGGUGGAACCUCAACGUGGAGGGCAUAAUGCUGCUGCUCAGGGUCGUCCAGGCGGUCCGGGGAAGGAGGCAUCUAGCGGCGCCGGCGGCAGGGGAGAAGAGGCCACGGGAUGAGGGACCCGGUCGCGACACCAUGAGAGGCGGCGUUAUGGGAGGCGGCGGCGCGGCACGGCGGUGGUGCGGCGGGAGGUCGAGGAAGAUUGGGAAUACCGUUGGCGCCUGCGGGAGCUCUUAAGAGUCUUCAGCGCUCAAGGAGUAGUGAGAAAUUACUACUGGUAAUUAGCUAGGGGUUUAGGGAAAUUAUUAGGGAACGGUUUGAUUUGUUGAUCUGCUCUGUUGUACGCAUCAAAUAGAUGCAUGCUUGACGAUCGGUAUGCUUUCAGAAUUCAAUUAUUUAUAUGA